GCCGUCUUUUCCCUGAUCAUCAUCAACAAAGCAGGUGGUCUCAUCUACCAGCGCGAGUUUCAGGCUGGCCUGCGCAAGCUCUCGACAAAUGAUUACCUCGUUCUAGCGGGCACCUUCCACGGUGUCCACGCUAUCACUCGCUCUAUCACACCGAAAAUUCCCAUCUCUCAGCCGGCUACCCCUGGCACCUCUACGCCGAGUACCGUCGCACCCGCGUCCGGGUUCUCCUAUCCCAACCCCGGCGUUCCUGUCUCAGGCCUGGACUACCUCGAGACCGACAAGUUUCGAUUGACGUGUUUCCAGACCUUGACGGGCACAAAGUUCCUCCUGUUCACGGAUCCCAUGACCGGCAAUGUGGACACCAUCGUGCAGAAGAUUUACGAGCUUUAUGCGGACUUCGUCAUGAAGAACCCAUUCUAUCAGAUGGAGAUGCCGGUGCGAUGUGAGGCCUUCGAUCGGCAUCUCGGGGCAUGGUUGAGAGGGAGAACGUAG